AUGUCCUCCUUCGUGAUUAGAACUCCUUGCUCCUCCGCCAACAUUGGCCCCGGAUUCGAUGUCAUCGGUCUGGCACUGUCCCUCCACCUCGAAAUCCACGUCACCGUCGAUUCCUCCAAGUCCUCCUCCGAUCUCCCCUUGAACUGCGCAAUCACCUAUGAAGAUCGCAGUAAGAGCACAGAGCAGAUCAGCCUUGACCCCGAGGUCAAUUUGAUCACUCGUGUCGCCCUCUAUGUUCUACGAUGCCACAAUCAGCGCGCCUUCCCUGUUGAAACCAAGGUCCACAUCAUCAACCCUAUCCCACUAGGCCGAGGUCUGGGAUCAUCUGGCACAGCUGUCGUGGCCGGUGUCAUGCUGGGUAAUGCGGUUGGUAACUUAGGAUUGAGCAAGGAUCGAUUGCUGGACUACUGUUUGAUGAUUGAGCGUCACCCGGAUAACGUGGCUGCAUCCCUGUUCGGAGGCUUUGUGGGUACCUAUCUGAACGAACUCAAGCCGGAAGAUGUUGCCCGCAAAGAAAUCCCUCUUAGUGAGGUGGCAUUGACACUGGAUUCCAACCCCCCAGAGCCCCCACUGGGCAUUGGUCACUACCGAAAGUUUGACUGGGCCCCCGAGAUCAAGGCUAUUGCCAUUAUCCCGGACUUUGUCGUGCCCACCGCUAAUGCCCGUAACGUCCUUCCUCAAACCUACACUCGCGCCGAUGUGGUCUUCAACUUGCAACGCGCGGCACUCUUGCCCGCCGCUCUGGGAACCUCUCCCCCAGACCCUGAUAUGAUUUUCCUUGCCAUGCAGGACCGCGUGCACCAACCCUACCGCAAGACCCUCAUCCCCGGUCUGACUGAGAUUCUCCAGUUCAUGACCCCGGCCACUCAGCCCGGUCUUCUGGGUAUCUGUCUGUCUGGUGCAGGACCAACCAUCCUGGCUCUGGCGACUGAUCACUUUGACGAAAUCGCAGACCGCAUUAUCGCACGGUUCGCCGAGAACAAAAUUACCUGCCAAUGGAAGUUGCUGGAACCCGCACAGGAGGGUACAACUGUAUCCCCGAAUUAA